AGUGUGUGAGCAAAUAGUAGCUAACUGUGUAUCAUUAUUGAUAAAUUUUCCCGCUUUUUUCCACAUAAAAAAGUUUACAGUAACCACUAAAUAUGCGGGCGACACCAGAAAAGGCUAGGGGAUUUAAUCAACUUUUAAAAAAUUAUGGUACAAGAGUAUCUUCGUGUAAAGCCGAGGGGUCAAUUUACGCUAAAUGUGUAACGGGAAAAGAAAAAUUGGAGUUUAAUAGCUGUCUGAAGGAAUUCAAAGCCCUUAGCGAUUGUAUAAGAAAGAAGGUAAAGUUCUCGGAAGGUUAUGUCCAAUUUAAAUGUAGUCUGUCAAAACCUCUUUUUCGCUUUGCAGAUGUUGAAAAGAUGAAUGAGUCGAGAGACUUUGAGGUUGUAGACAUUCAUUGUUUACUAUAG